AUGGAGCUGCCUGCAGCCUUCCUGUCUGAAGACCAGUUCACCUGCUCCAUCUGUCUGGAGGUGUUCACCAACCCAGUAUCAACACCAUGUGGUCACAGCUUCUGCCAGGCCUGCAUCUCCUCUUACUGGGCAGGAGUGGCAGGAGUGCGAGGAGCUGCAAAGAUCUACCAGUGUCCACUCUGUAAGGAGUCCUUCCGCAAGCGCCCGGAGCUUCAGAUCAACCGAACACUGAAGGAAAUCACUGAACGAUUCAAGGAGAUUGCCAGUUCUGGAAUGGAUGAAAGAGGCAGAGAAGGAAUGGAGGACACCAACUCUCAUCCUAACCAUCAUCAUCUCCCGGCCACAAGGUCAGGAGAGAUGCCAGAGGGCAUCAUUGCUGAGAUGAUGAACCGUUUCCAACAGCUGCCGACCCAUCCCAGUGACCCACAAGACCAGAGCCCCAACAGAGUCAACUCUCACAUGGCCAUCAGGGCUGUGAGCACAGAGCAUCUUGACUCACCUCCACCCUAUUCAUCUCUCCGCAGGUACACUCUGAGUGGUCCAAUUGAUUCCUCGCCCAGUCUGCCUCUGUGUCCCCUCCACCUGAGAGCUCUCGAGUUCUUCUGUCGCACUGACAACUUGUGUGUGUGCAACAUGUGUGCGGAGGAUGCAGAACACAGAGGACACACCAUCCGCCCCGCCAAGAGGGAGUGGCACAUCAAGAAGGCGCAGUUAGGAAUCGAAGAGGGGGAGCUGAAGGAUCUGAUCUGCGAGAGAGAAAAGAAAGUGGAGGAAAUACAGAGCUCCUUGCAAGAGAUACAUGCUGCUGCUGAGAGAGAGACCGAUGGGGCUGUGUGUGUGUUCUCCAAAGUGAUCUCCUCUGUGGAGCGCUGCCAAGCUGAAGUCCUGGAGGUGAUAGAGAUGAGUCAUCGAGCGGCCGAGCACAGAGCUCAGAGUCUGCUGAGAGAGCUGGAGGAGGAGAUCGCUGAGCUGAAGAGGAGGAGCACAGCACUGAGCCAGCUAGCUGUAUCUGAAGACUAUGUGGACUUUCUCAGGACAUUCACUGGCCCGUCCACCCCUCCUCCAACUAAGGACUGGUCCAGUGUCUCUAUGUCGUCUGAGCUGACCUCAGGUCUGAUUCUACGGAACCUCAGUCAAACGAUGGAGCACUUUCAGGAAGAGAUGCGCAAACUGCCAGAAGUCUGCCAGCGAUCGUCGUUGGACCAAUCUGUACCCAGACCGAAUCCAAAGAUAAGGAGGGUUCAGGAAUAUGCUGCUGACAUCACUUUAGACCAAAACACAGCCCAUCCACGUCUCAUCAUCUCAGUAGAUGGAAAGCAGGUGCACUGUGGUGACCGCCAUCAGCCGGUUCCAGACUAUUCUGAACGCUUCGACCGGGUGGUGUGUUUGCUGGCCCGCCAGGGCUUCAGCUCAGGACGACAUUACUGGGAGGUGGAGGUUGGAGGAAAGACAGACUGGGACCUGGGAGUGGCAAGCCGGUCUGUCAACCGGAAGGGCAAAAUCACCGUAAGCCCCGCCCAUGGUUAUUGGUUCCUCAGCCUGCGGGAUCGGGCCGACUAUGCCUUUCGAACGGAACCGUCAACCAACCUCACAGUCAACCUCAGACCUUCACGGAUUGGAAUCUAUGUGGACUGUGACAAGGGACUGGUGUCCUUCUACAAUGUGGAUGCCAGAGUGCUCAUCUAUACCUUCACAGAUAGUUUUCCUGACACCAUCCAUCCAUUCUUCAGCCCCUGUACUAACAAGUCAGGAAGAAAUGAGGGUCCACUAAUCAUUCGCCCUGUUGCAAUGACAGAAUGA